UUCAUCUCCAAGCAUUAGAGAAAAAUAUAACUUUGAGACGAUAUUUCUGACUGCAGUGCAUGCAUUUCUCGUAAAGGCAAAGUCUAGAAAUUUGAAGGAGACGUUGUGGAGUUGUAGGAAGCUACUCAGAAAUGCCAGUUCUUUAAAUUAUGGCCCGUUUAGUCAAUAUUUAUUUGUCUUUUGUGAGCCGCCCGGAGUCCUCCGGGAGUGGGCGGCAUACAAGACAAAUAAAUAAAUAAAUAUCAUUACACUGUUUCAUAUACAGUAUAACGUAUAUUUAUGUCUUGAAAAUUAGAUCUGCUAGCUGGACCUUCUAGGAAACGUUGUUCUAACACAUCUUGGAGGAUGUAUAUCUGUAUGUGUAUUUCAUUUUGGUAGGACAUAGCAGAGUAGGAAAUAUAAUCUUCAUCCCUAAAAAUAAUGAAGUACUGUGAAGCAUCUAUGUAUAUCUAAGACCAUGUCACAUUGUUAUUUGUCUAAUAUUUCUUUCUACAGAUUAUUUAAUGCCAACACAUUUGAGACCAUUAGUGGCGAUGCUUUCAUGGGCCUUCCUCAUCUAGAAUAUUUGUUUAUAGAAAACAACAACAUCAAAUCACUUUCCAACACUUCUUUUCGUGGGCUGAAGUCCUUAAUUCACUUGAGUCUUGCAAACAACAACCUCCAAACGCUCCCUAAAGACAUAUUCAAAGGAUUGGAUUCACUAACAAAUGUGAGCAUUCCUCAAGGCAGUUUUCUGCAAGCUGGCAGCUCCCAGAUAUGCCCAGAUUGCGGAAAGAUUUUACAAAACGCCACUGCCUUGAGCAAGCAAUCUACUUUUUACAAUAGCAUUCAAAGGAGUAAAUACCAACUUUUAGUAUGUGCUUUUUCAGAAUUUGUCGUGUUUCGAAAGCUGCCGUAUCAGUCCCUGUCAGUGGACACAUUCUCAUUCAUGAAUGAUGAAUACGUGGUUAUCGCUCAGCCUUUUAUGGGAAAGUGUAUCUUUCUGCAAUGGGACCAUGUGGAAGGGACAUUCAGGAACUUUGAUAACAUCACAGGGACCUCGGUGGUUGUCUGUAAGCCGAUUAUUGUCGAGAAUUGCUUGUACAUCAUUGUUGCCCAGCUCUUUGGUGGCUCCCAUAUUUACAAGAGAGACAUUCACGCCAAUAAAUUCAUUAAAAUCCAGGACAUUGAGAUCCUUAAGAUCAGAAAACCGAACGACAUCGAAACAUUCACCAUCGUUAAGGACGCAUAUUUUGCAAUAGCAGAUAGUUCGAAAGCGGGCAUCACCACUAUCUACAAAUGGAAUGGGAAUGGGUUUUAUUCCGACCAAUCUUUGCACGAAUGGUACAGAGACACUGACGUGGAAUAUCUUGAAAUAGCCACCAAGCCUCACCUGAUCAUCUCAAGCAGUUCUCAACACCCGGUCCUGUAUCAGUGGAACGGGGGCACAAACAAUUUCGCCGACCCAGUGGAUAUUCCAGACAUGGAAGAUGUUUACUCUGUCAAACACUUCAAAGUGAAGGAAGAUAUUUACGUUUGCCUAACAAGAUUCAUUGGGGAUUCCAAAGUCAUGAAAUGGACAGGCUCCAAAUUUCUGGAUUUACAAAGAAUGCCAUCCAGGGGGUCCAUGGUGUUCCAGCCUCUUCAGAUAAAGAAUUAUCAGUAUGCCAUUCUUGGGAGCGAUUAUUCUUUCACUCAAGUCUAUUUUUGGGAUGCAGGAAAAGCCAAGUUUGUUAAGUUUCAAGAAUUAAAUAUUCAAGCGCCGAGAUCCUUCACACAUGUUUUUGUUGACAAACAAGAUUUUCUCUUUGCAUCAAGCUUUAAAGGAACUACAGUGAUCUAUAAGCACAUCAUAAUUGACUUAAGUGCAUGAUACAUAUUUACACACACACACACACACACACACACACACUCACAGA